AUGAAGGAAAAAUCGAUUCAAAUCAACGGUUUCCACAAGACAGAAUCGAGCGCUCUAUGGAAGUGGAAGGGGAUUGAUUUCCAAUCGACGAAGCCCCAAAGCAAUCUAUUUCCGGUGACUGAAUUCUUCCACGAAACCAGCCGGAAGAUAGACGACGUCGUUCUGGGACCCGGAGUAGGUGCCGGAGUAGGCUGCGGCGUCGGAUUGGGACUCGGUGUGGUUGGCGGCGCCGGCUUAGGCGGCUCCGCGUGGAACCGUCUGUCGACGGUGUUUGGGAUCGGAAUUGGGUGCGGCGUCGGUAUUGGAGUCGGGUACGGGCAGGGAUUUGGGGCGGGGUUCGGGUUAGAAACCCUAAGAUCUCAUCUGUUGGAUCCGAAACCGAAGUCGAAGAAGCGGAUCCGGGUUCAGAUUUGA